UCCAUGAGGUGGAGGGCUGCACCCAUGGCGUGACCCGCGGUGUGGGGGAGCUGCCCCACAAGGUACCUGUGGGGUGGGGGGGGCUGCACCCAGGGGUGAUGUAUGUCAUGGCAGGGCUGUGUGCCGGGCGAGAUUGGUCAGAGCUGCCUCAGGGCUGAGCGGCGCCGGCUGACGGGCACCCAUGCCGUGGACGGCACGUGCCGGACAGUGGGGUUGCACAGGCAGGAGGAAGGAAGUGGUUGAGGCCGAACCAUUGCUCGCUGUCACCCUGGGGCUGCAGAGAGCAGAGCACUGGACGUGCACCCCGCCGUGCCCCAUGCUGGCAUUCGCAUCGCCAUGCUCGGCGCCAGGGGGUGGGGAUGGCCCAGAACCAGCUGUGGAGGCAAAGGCCCUGAACUAGCGGUGCCGGCACGAGCACACGGCUCUGUGUACCUCCUUGUGCCACGGAGCAGCCGGUGCCAUGCGAGUUCCACUCCUCCGGUCCCACAUCCCACCAGCUCAGCGAGGGGCUCACCGCAGUGGAGCAUCGCCGGGGCCGGCAGCCCCAUUGCACCCCACGGUGACCCAGCCGAGCCGGGACCUGGUGCAGUCCCAGGGGCUCCAUCCCCAUCACAAGGGGUUCAACAAGGUCUGGCACCAGGGUCGUGGCAAUCCCAAACACAGCUCCAGGGUGGGCAGAGAAUGGAUUGGGAUCAAGGACUUGGGGUGCUGGGGGAGGAGAAGCUCAACAAUAGCCGUCAAUGAGAGUUAGAUGCCCAGAACCACCCCCCCCGUGUCCUGGGCUGCGCCCAGAGCAGCGUGGCCAGCAGGGAGGGACGGGAUUCUGCCCCUCUGCUCCGCUCUGGGAGACCCACCUGGAGCCCUGGGUCCAGCUCUGGAGUCCUCAGCACAGGGAGGACACGGAGCUGGUGGAGCGAGUCCAGGGGAGGCCAUGGAGAUGAUCCGAGGGCUGGAGAACCUCCUGUAUGAGGCCAGGCUGGGAGAGGCAGGUUUGUUCAGCCUGGAGAAGAGAAGGCUGCGGGGAGACCUUAGAGCAGCUUCCAGUAGGGAAAAGGGCUCCAGGAAAGCUGGGGAGGGGCUCUGGAUCAGGCACUGCAGGGACAGGACAAGGGGAAUAGUUUUGAGCUGCAAGAGAGGAGAUUGAGAUGAGAUUUUAGGGAGAAAUGUUUUGCUGUUCAGGUGUGGAGGCCCUGGCCCAGGUUGCCCAGAGCAGUGGUGGCUGCCCCAUCCCUGGAGGGGUUCCAGGCCAGGUUGGAUGGGGCUUGGAGCCCCUGAGCCAGUGGGAGGUGUCCAUGCCCGUGGCAGAGGAGGUGGAACACGAUGGGCUUUGAGGUCCCUUCCCACUCAAACCUUUCCAUGAAUCCAUGACCACCCUGGUGCCCGUCAGGGUGCUGGGUGGCUGGGUGGGUGCCGCGCGUUGAGGAAGUGGAGGUUUGCACAAGCUGGCGAGGUGCACGUGACCUGGGGAGCGCAGCAGGAGGAACCAGCAGCCGCCCCGCUCCCCAGCCAGCCAUGGCGCCGUGGCUGCCCACCAAGGAGGAGAAGUAUGGCGUGGCCGUGUGGAACUUUGUGCGCACCAGUGAGCAUCACCUCCCGCUGCAGAUCGGGGAGACGGUGCACAUCCUGCAGGCCUCCGAGGGAUGGUACCACGGGUACUCGCUGCGCAACAGGGCUGCCCGGGGCAUCUUCCCGGCCUCGCUGAUCCACCUGAAGGGUGCCGUGGUGGAGCGCAGGGGGGCGCAGGAGAGCGUGGUGCCCGCCGAGAUGCCGAUGGUGCAGGAGAUCACCACCACGCUGCGGGAAUGGGCCGCCAUCUGGAAGCAGCUCUACGUGGACGGGCAGAUGGAGCGGUACCGGCAGGUGAAGCGCAUGAUGUGUGAGCUGAUGGAGCGGCGCUCACAGCUGCUCUCGGGGACGCUGCCCAAAGAUGAGCUCCUGCAGCUCAAGAGGGAGGUGACCAGCAGGAUCGACUACGGCAACAAGAUCCUCGCGCUGGACCUGGUGGUGCGGGAUGAGGAUGAGAACAUCCUGGACCCCGACAGGACCAGCGUCACCAGCCUCUUCCAGGCGCACAAGAAGGCAGCACAGACCCUCACGCAGCGCAUCCAGGAGGAGAUGAGCCCGCAGCAGAGUGUGCUGAGCUGCAGUGCCCGCCACGCAGCCUCGCCCUCCCACAGCCUCUACCUCUGUGUCCGCAACUUCGUCUGCAACAUCGGUGAGGAGGCGCAGCUGCUGAUGGCGCUGUACGACCCUGGCCAGCAGCGCAGCGUCAGCGAGAACUAUGUGAUCCGCUGGUCCAGCACGGGUGUCCCACAGGAUCUCGAGCUGCUCAACAACCUCAAGGUCAUCUUUACGGACCUGGGCAGCAAUGACCUGAAGCGGGAGCGACUAUUCCUGGUGUGCCAGAUCAUCCGGGUGGGACGCAUGGACCUGCGCGAGUCCUACAGCCGCAAGCUCAGCACGGGGCUCCGUCGGCCCUUCGGCAUCUCGGUGAUGGACAUCACGGACAUCACCAAGGGGAAGUGUGAGAGCGACGAGGACAAGCAGCACUUCAUCCCCGUCCACCUGGCAACUGCUGACAAUGAUUUCCUUCACAACAUGAUCAGGAAGGCAAUGGAGGGGAAGGACAUCAACCACAAGGGACAAGGGUUCUGGGUGUCCCUGAAGAUGCUCUGGGGAGACCUGAGCCAAGUGCGGAAGGACCAUCCUCACCUUGUGGACCGCAGCACGGUGGUGGCACGCAAGCUGGGCUACCCCGAGGUCAUCAUGCCAGGCAAGCUGGGCAGUGGGAUGGACAUGGGUGGUCCCUGGAGGCCCCCGCAUGGGGUUUGGGGUACCCCGUUGCAGAGGGAACGCUGCCUCGCUGACAGGGCCGUCCCCCCAGGAGACAUCAGGAACGACAUCUACCUGACGCUGGUGCAGGGCGAGUUUGACAAGGGGAACAAGAAGACGCAGAAGAACGUGGAGGUGACGGUGUGCGUCUGCGACGAGGCGGGCAGCGUGGUGAAGAACGUGAUCUACCAUGGUGCCGGGGACAAGCCGGCCAGCGAGUACCGCUCAGUGGUUUACUACCAGCAGCGGCACCAGCGGUGGAUGGAGACGGUGAAGAUUGCUGUUCCCAUUGAAGAUGUCCACAAAACCCACCUGAGAUUCACCUUCCGGCACCGCUCCUCCAGUGACUCCAAAGACAAAAGUGAGCGGAUUUUCUCCAUGGCUUUUGUGAAGCUGAUGCAAGUGGACGGGACGACGCUGCGUGACGGGGAGCAUGACCUGGUGCUGUACAAGGGUGACAGCAGGAAGCUGGAGGAUGCUGCCGCGUACCUGACCCUGCCCUCCAUCAGGAACGUGUCUGAGCCCAAGCUCCUUUCUGGCUCCUCUUUCCGUGUGAGCGGCACUGCAUCGGGAUUAACCGUGUCUACCCGGGACAGCUUCCAGAUCUCGACACUCAUCUGCUCCACGAAGCUGACUCAGAAUGUCAACCUGCUGGGGCUGCUGAAGUGGCGCUCCAAGCCCAGCCUCCUCGCCGGGAACCUCCAGAAGCUGAUGCAUGUGGACGGAGGGGAGGUCAUCAAGUUCCUCCAGGAUACGUUGGAUGCCUUGUUCUCCAUCAUGAUGGACAAUUCAGACACAGAUGUGUACGACACGCUUGUCUUUGAUGCCCUGGUUUUCAUUGUGGGACUGGUGGCCGAUAGGAAGUUCCAGCACUUCAAUGCCGUCCUGGAAGCCUACAUCCACCAGCACUUCAGUGCCACACUCGCCUACAAGAAGCUGCUGUCGGUGCUGACACAGUACGUGGAGCAGGUGAGCCGCGGAGAGCCCUGCGAGCUGCUCAUGCGCACCUUCAAGGCCUUGGAGUACGUCUUCAAGUUCAUCGUCCGCUCCCGGCACCUCUUUGCUCAGCUCUACGAGGGGAAGGAGACGGCCGAGUUCCAGCGCGCGCUGCAGAGCUUCUUCCUCUCCCUGAACCAGCUGAUGAAGUCCCCGCUGGAGGGGCCCACGCUGCUCGCCCAGGGAGCAGCCCUGAAGUACCUGCCUUCCAUCCUUGAGGAUGUGUUUGGGAUCUUCGACUCCUCUGUGCUGGGGGCGUUGCUCAGGGACUUCAUCGGGAACCUCCCUCCCCAGCGCCUGCUGAAGCAGAAGCUGCAGUCGCUGACUGACAUCGUCAACAGCAAAGCCUUCCAGUCCUACGAGUGCCGGGAGCUGCUGCUGCAGACGGCCGUGCCCACCCUGCAGGAGCUGAUCCAGAGGGGCGAGGAGGAGGACGUCUGCAUUGAGCUGCUCAGCAACAUCCUGGAGGUGCUGUACAAGGCCCAGAAGAGAGCAGAGGAGCUGCAGGCGAAGCGUGGCACCGGCGAGGGACGGCACAGGGACCGUGGGGACACGGAGCUGGUGCAGGUGAAGAAGCACAUCCAGCUGAUCCUGGAGCGGCUGCUGCACACCGUCAAUCGGAGGGUGAUUGUCCUGGACCGGGAGAACAGCCUGCGGAGCCACUACGUGGCCUGCAUGGCCGCCAUCCUGAGCCAGAUGGACAAGGACCACUACAGCUCCUACAUCCGAGCGUUCCCCUCGCGGCCAGAGCUGAUGGACUUCCUCAUGGAGACCUUCAUCCUCUUCAAAGAUCUAAUCGGCAAAACAGUGUACCCCUCCGACUGGAUGGUGAUGAACAUGGUGCAGAACCGCGAGUUCCUGCAUGCCAUCAACCUGUUUGCCACCACCCUGAUGGAGAAGUUCCUGAGCAACAGCAGCUUCGAGCUGCAGCUCUGGAACAACUACUUCCACCUGGCCGUGGCUUUCCUCACCCAGGAGUCCCUGCAGCUGGAGAACUUCUCCCAGGCCAAGCGCAGCAGGAUCCUGGCCAAGUACGGGGACAUGAGAGCCGCGAUUGGAGCCUCUAUCCGGGACAUGUGGUACAGCCUCGGCCAUCGCAAGAUCGAGUUCAUCCCCGGCAUGGUGGGUCCCAUCCUGGAGAUGACGCUGGUGCCAGAGCUGGAGCUGCGCAAGUCCACCAUCCCCAUCUUCUUCGACAUGAUGCUCUGCGAGUACCAACUGACCAGGAGCUUCAGCCGGUUUGAGGAUGAGAUCCUGCGCAAGCUGGACAGCGAGGUGGAGGGCGGCCGCGGGGACGAGCAGUACAAGCAGCUCUUCGAGAGCAUCCUGCUCAGCUGCUGCCGGCAGCACCCCGAGCUGGCCAAGCCAGGGGAGAACUUUGUGGCACUGGUGACGGGGCUCCUGGAGCGGCUCCUGGACUACCGGGCUGUGAUGAAUGACGAGAACAAAACCUACAGCAUGAGCUGCACUGUCAACCUCCUGAACUUCUACAAGGAGAUCGACCGCCAGGCCAUGUACAUCAGGUACCUGUACAAGCUGAGGGACCUGCACGUCAGCUACGAGAACUACACGGAGGGAGCGUACACGCUGCUGCUGCACGCCCGGCUGCUCAAGUGGUCGGACGAGGCGACGGCAGCGCCGGUGCAGGGCUCGCACAGCCCCCGCCUGCACACCCAGCGCCAGCUGAAGGAGUCUCUCUACAAUCAGAUCAUCGACUACUUCGACCGGGGCAAGAUGUGGGAGGAGGCCAUCCUCAUCUGCAAGGAGCUGGCGGAGCAGUACGAGAGCGAAGUCUUCGACUACGAGAUGCUGAGCGACAUCCUGCAGCGGGAAGCCAGCUUCUAUGAGAAGAUCCUCAAGGUGCUGCGUCCCAGCCCCGACUACUUCGCCGUGGGCUACUACGGGCAGGGCUUCCCCACCUUCCUCCGGAACAAGGUCUUCAUCUACCGGGGCAAGGAGUACGAGCGCCGGGAGGACUUCGAGAUGCGGCUGCUGAGCCCCUUCCCCAACGCCGAGAAGCUGAAGAGCACGUCCCCCCCGGGCCAGGACAUCACGGGCUCCCCGGGCCAGUACAUCCAGUGCUUCACCGUGCAGCCGGCGGAGGAAGCCAACGUCCGCUUCAAGGACCGGAGCGUCCCAGAGCAGAUCACCAACUUCUACAAAGCCAACCACAUCCAGAAGUUCAGCUACUCGCGCCCCUUCCAGAAAGGCCCAAAGGACCCGGACAAUGAAUUUGCCACCAUGUGGAUUGAGCGGACGACCUUCGUCACCGCCUACCCGCUGCCUGGCAUCCUGCGCUGGUUCGUGGUGACCUCCACCACCACGACCACCAUCUCCCCGCUGGAAAACGCCAUCGAGACCAUGAUGAGGACCAACGAGAAAAUAAGGAGUGAGAUCAACCGGCACCAGAACGACCCCAGCCUCGCGGUCAACCCGCUCUCCAUGCUGCUCAACGGCAUCGUGGACCCCGCGGUCAUGGGCGGCUUCACCAAGUACGAGACGGCUUUUUUCCAGGAGUCCUACCUGCAGGAGCACCCCGAGGACGUGGGGAACGUCGAGAGGCUGAAGGACCUGAUCGCCUGGCAGACGCCGCUGCUGGCGGAGGGGAUCCGGAUCCACGGGCGGAAGGUGACGGAGGACCUGCGUCCCUUCCAUGAGCGCAUGGAGCAGUGCUUCGUGCAGCUGCGGGCCAAGGUGGAGAGCCAGUACGGCGUGCGGGAGAUGUUCUGCUUCGAGGAGCGGCGGAGCGGGCGACCGCGGUCCCUGGCCUGGGGACCCGACUGGGAGCGGCCGAGCCACGCAGGAGACAGCUCAGAGGGACCCACAACCUCCAAGCGUUCCCCGCGCAGCUCCGAGAGUGAGGAUCGACGGAACGAGCGCAAGGAAAGCCGCUCCAGCACCUUCUUCGGGUACCGGCGGCAGGACCUGCGGCAGUCCGUCUCGGAGCCACUGGAGCCCAAGGAUGAGAAGCGGAGACUCUCCCGCAACAUCAGCGAGAGCCCAGGCAGCUCCGAUGGGAAACAGCCCCCACCAAGCCGAGAGGCUGCCGGUGCUCAGCCCGGCGCUGCAGGGCUCUCCCUGUCCCCCACCGGCUUCGGCGGGCGGGUGAAGAGCGCCAGCAAGGCCCCACCGCCGCCACGCAAGAUCAGCCCCACAGUCUACGAGACAUUCCUGGAGCUGAGCGACACCGCAGCUGGAGGGAAGGCCGCCGCAGCACCCGCAGCAGAUGGGAACAAAGGGCUGAAGUCGCCACCGCCACCACCACCGCCGAAAUCCAAGCGAGCGUCGCAACUCUGAGCGGUUCCGCAGCUCCCACCCUGGCUCCGUCCUCGCCUGCUGGAGCCCCGCACUGCAGGAUCCACCCAACGCAGCCACGGUAGUCCCUGUCCCACUCUGGCUGCAAUGCUGCUGCCACCGGACGCUCCCCUAUGUGCUCCCCAUGAGGUCUCGCGCCGGCUCCCCGUCCCGCCGAGUCAAAGCGGUGGUGCUCAGCACGUGCGAGGAGCCACACCGAGCUCCCACCCACGCACCCUCCAGAACAAGAACCACAGUGGGAGCACUUUCCCUCUCCACCCUGAACUCCCCUCGGACCACGCGAGGGCUGCACUGGCACGUGCCGAGCUCUUCCCUCCCCUCCUGCUCUGCACGCAGGGCAGCUCCCGCUCCGUUCCACAGCACCGGGACCAACGCUCCCGCCCCGGCACAACCAUGCUCCACAGCGCUGGAUCCCGGCUUUGCACCCCUGCCUGUGCGGGGAUAGCUCGGCCAGCGGCGCCGGCUCAACUCCUGCCGCAGCCACGCCACGGCCGAUAAUAAAGGAGCAAAGGCAU